AAACACCCGCGCCACUCCUCUCGUGCCAAACGCGCCGUCACGGACUCACACACGGAAUAACAACAACAAAGUGAAACUUCUAACAAAACAACGCAGAACAGGAAAGGCGCGAGGUGCAUGCGCUUCCAGACACUGUAAGAUUCAAGUGACCUACUGAGCUUCUGAAAAGCCGAAUCACGCACACCAUGGACUCCGACACAAGCCGCGUGUCCAGCCGCCCAUCCUCCCCCGAAGCGGAUGACAUGUUCCUCUCCUCCGCCAUGAAGAAGUCUGCCGGUUUCUCGGGCGCCGUGUCCUCCACGCAGGGCGACUCCCUGGCUGAUCUGGGCGGCGGGGAAGGGCGCACACUCUCCUCCCUCUCGGGCAUCGGUGAUGACUGCGCCAGCGCGCUGGCCCUUAAGAUGUUCUCCAAAAAAGAUCGCAAGCUGCUGUCUGAAAACGAGCUUCAGAACAUCCGCCUAAAGAUCAACAGCCGCGAGCGCAAGCGCAUGCACGACCUGAACAUUGCCAUGGACGGGCUGCGCGAGGUCAUGCCGUACGCGCACGGGCCCUCAGUGCGCAAGCUCUCCAAGAUCGCCACACUGCUGCUCGCGCGCAACUACAUCCUGAUGCUUAGCAACUCUCUCGAGGAGAUGAAGCGGCUCGUCAGCGAGAUUUACGGCGGCGGCGCGAGCGCGGCAGCGGCGGCAGCUGCGGCUGCAGCAGCCGGAGGAGCGGCGAGCGCGACGGCAGCGGGUGCGGCGGGCCAUCACCCCGCCUUCCACCCGUCCGCGUGCGGCGCUCUGGCCCACGCGGCGCCUCUGCCUGCACACCCGGUGGCCUCACACGCUGUGCAUCACGCGCUACUCCAGCCCACAUCAGCCAGCGCGCCCGGCCUGUCCGUGGCCUCCGUGCGCGCGCACCACGGACUGCUCAAGGCUCCUCCCGCGGCCUCAAGCUUCCAGCACUGGGGGGCAGGCAUGCCGUGCCCAUGCAGCAUGUGCCAGGUUCCCCCGCCGCCACCGCACGUGACCGGCAUGAGCGCCGUGACCAUGACGAGGCUCGCGGGCGACUCCAAAUGACUAGCAUAUCCUCAACUGACCCGUACUCAAAUACACUGAAAAACGUGAAAAUAGUGUGUUGAACUGUACCUGGCAAGAAGACCUGAGCGCGAGACCAACCCAGAAACGCAAAACAGUGUAAUAUGACGUCAGUGAUAAAGCCCUGUAGAAAUAUUGUGGUGAUUUUAGUUUUACACAUUUUAAUGAGGCAAAAUCAGUAAGGAUAUGUUGACGUAAUAUAUUUUAUUUAAGUAAAAAUUAUGUCAGGUAAAUUUAAAGCACUAUUUUAGGUCCAACGAAGUUCAAUUGGCAAUUUGAGUAUUUUUUCUCAUGGUAAGAGAGAAAGUUGUUGGCAAGGAGACACAUAACAUUUCUAUGUAGUUUAUCAUGACUGUGAACGUGCCUAUAACUGUUCAGCCAACUUUUCAAUAUUAUUAUUAUUAGACACACUCCAGGCGAAUUCACUUGUUCCUUUCAGAGAGACCAGCGUUGUUGAUGUGUAUCUCAAGUGUGUAAAUACAUUUUGUAAAUAUGUAGACAGUGUUUGUACAGUAUGAGAGAUUUUAUAUCAGGAAUGAACCCCCAUGCUUUGGGCUUUCAAAAGAGCCUGAAAAAUGUAUAAGUUCAUAUUGCACCCUCUUUCUUUCUUUCUCUCUCUCUCUCUCUCUCUCUCUCUCUCUCUCUCUCUCUCUCUCUCUCUCUCUCUCACUCACUCUCUUUUUCUCUCUUCAUUUUUUGCUUUUGCCCUACUCUGUCACUGACCGACGCAAAGAAUGAUCAUGUUUUAUUUUUUAUAAAGGUGUGAAGGAAUAUUUAUUUACUUAUUUUCGACUGUAUUUCGGAAUGAAUGAUGGAUGAUGUGGACUUGUAAAUGUAGAACAAUAAAAAAAGUUUUAAUUGAA